AGGCUAGUCAAACAUCUCGUCCAGACUUUAUUCCACUGGUUCCAAACGCUCCAUCCAUCUCCCCUGCGCAAACGCUCCUCUCCAUCAACUUCUCUCUCCUUGGAACCUCCACCUUCACCGGGACUCCUCAAAGUUCCAAAAUCCAAUUUCUUCUUUCACGAUCAACUCUCCCAUUUUUUUUUCUUCCUCCAUUUCCUGCAUAGAAGAGGUCCAACCAUCACCGUCUUUUAUUAUUUUUUUUUUCCAAAGGUCUGUUAAAUUCUACCAUCUUUUGCCGUCCGUAGACCAUAUGCGUUAAUUAAAUAAUAGUUUCUGAAGUAUCGAUCUCUCUCUCAAUCCAGGCCAGCAGAGCAAAAUCUUGAUUAGGAAAGGGAUGCCUCAUCCUUUUAUGUGGUUAGUCAACUAUCCCAGCUUAUGGUGAGUUGCGCUGAUCCCGCGCAGGGGAGAGAACCAUAAAAAAAAAAAAAAAAAAAAAAAAAGGCGUCGGAGCGUUUACCCGCGGCCCUCUCGCAUUCCACUCCUGCUGCCAGAGGAGAGAGAGAGACGGGACCAACCCCUGCAUGCAGUAUUUGUAGAUUUUUAUUUUUAAUCUGACGAGAUUAAGAUUAGUUGCUUUCCGUCACGGAUGGCCCAAAUCUCCCAAAUAAAUAACUGUUCCUACUCGUCCGUCUUGGUGGUAUCUCCGAGUCGUCGCCCCACCGCGCCCUUCAAGGCCCCGCCUUCUCCUCUCCUUUGCCUCGCCCGGUGGUCUCACUCUGCUCCGCGGUGCGGCUACUCCCUCGGCGGCGGGAUGGAGACGCGCGCGGCGGCGUCGUCCCCGCGGCGGAGCCUGGUGACCUCCGGCCACCUCCGGCACGUGGAGUCGAUGGCCCAGCUGCCGUCCGGCGCCGGCAAGAUCUCGCACCUCAACGCGGUCAUCCUCGGGGAGGCGCUCGCCUCCGAGGAGAACGACCUCGUCUUCCCCAGCCCCGAGUUCUCCGCCCAGGCCCUCGUCUCCUCCCCCGAACAGUAUCAACAAAUGUACAGGAGGUCAAUAGAGGAACCUGCGGAUUUCUGGUCAGAUAUCGCUUCGCAGUUCUUCUGGAAAGAGAAAUGGCAUCCGGAAGUCUAUGCAGAGAAUAUUGACGUGAGGAAGGGAACCGUUAAGAUCGAGUGGUUCAAAGGAGCAACCACGAACAUAUGCUACAAUGCUUUGGAUCGAAACGUAGAAGCAGGGAAUGGUGGGAAAAUUGCCAUCUAUUGGGAAGGCAAUGAGCCGGGUCAGGAUGGGCAGCUGACGUAUGCCGAGCUGUUGGACAAGGUUUGCCAGCUCUCCAACUACUUAAAACAUGUUGGUGUCGGCAAAGGGGAUGCGGUGGUCAUCUACUUGCCUAUGUUGAUGGAGUUGCCGAUUGCAAUGCUAGCAUGUGCUCGUAUUGGUGCUGUCCACUCGGUUGUAUUUGCUGGUUUCUCUGCGGAAUCUCUUGCACAACGAAUUCUAGAUUGCAAACCGAAAGUAGUGAUAACCUGCAAUGCAGUCCGGAGAGGCCCCAAAACCAUUCAUCUCAAAGAGAUAGUGGACAGCGCUCUAACUGACUGUGCCAAGGAUGGAGUCUCGGUCGGCUUGUGUUUGACUUAUGAAAACCAGUCAGCCAUGGAGAGAGAAGCUACAAAAUGGCAGGAAGGAAGAGAUGUCUGGUGGCAGGAUGUUGUCCCAAAGUUCUCCACAAAGUGUUUAGUGGAGUGGGUUGAUGCAGAAGAUCCACUAUUUCUCUUGUACACAAGUGGCAGCACUGGAAAGCCUAAGGGUGUUUUGCACACAACUGGGGGUUAUAUGGUAUACACUGCAACAACUUUUAAGUAUGCAUUUGACUAUAAGCCAUCUGAUAUAUACUGGUGUACUGCUGACUGCGGUUGGAUCACUGGACACAGCUAUGUUACUUAUGGGCCUCUUUUAAAUGGAGCUACUAUUGUGGUUUUUGAAGGGGCUCCAAGUUACCCAGACUCUGGACGAUGUUGGGACAUUGUUGAUAAGUACAAGGUGUCAAUAUUCUACACUGCCCCGACACUCGUGCGUUCCCUCAUGCGUGAUGGGGAUGAGUACGUUACUCGCUAUUCCCGUAAAUCUUUGCGUGUUCUAGGAAGUGUAGGGGAGCCCAUCAAUCCUAGCGCAUGGAGGUGGUUUUUCAAUGUUGUUGGGGACUCAAGAUGUCCUAUAUCAGAUACCUGGUGGCAAACUGAGACUGGUGGUUUCAUGAUAGCGCCUUUACCUGGUGCCUGGCCGCAGAAGCCUGGUUCGGCCACUUUUCCAUUCUUUGGGGUUCUGCCUGUCAUAGUUGAUGAGAAGGGGAAUGAGAUUGAAGGUGAAUGCAGUGGCUAUCUUUGCAUCAAAAAAUCAUGGCCUGGGGCAUUCCGCACGCUUUAUGGUGAUCAUGAAAGAUUUGAGACUACAUACUUUAAACCAUUUCCCGGUUAUUAUUUCACUGGUGAUGGCUGCAGCAGGGACCAAGAUGGUUACUAUUGGCUCACUGGAAGAGUUGAUGAUGUUAUCAAUGUCAGCGGACACCGUAUUGGCACUGCAGAGGUUGAAUCUGCCCUGGUAUCACAUCCCCAGUGUGCAGAGGCUGCUGUGGUUGGAGUUGAGCAUGAGGUCAAAGGGCAGGGGAUAUAUGCGUUUGUCACAUUGGUGGAAGGUGUUCCUUACAGUGAAGAACUCCGGAAAAACCUCAUAUUAGCAGUGCGAAACCAGAUUGGUGCAUUUGCUGCUCCUGACAAAAUCCAUUGGGCACCUGGACUCCCAAAAACAAGGAGCGGAAAGAUCAUGAGAAGGAUUCUAAGAAAAAUUGCUUCCAGGCAGCUGGAUGAGCUUGGAGAUACAAGUACCCUUGCUGACCCAAGUGUGGUGGACCAGCUGAUUGCACUCAGCGAUCGCUAGAUGAUGCUAAAGAUUUUCUGUCAGCAUGCCUGUGUACUUGAUUAAGGUGUGGCUGCACUGCAAUUGUGGAAAUAGAAAAAUGUCAAAUAAUGCUCGCAUAUUUUACCUCCUCGAUACCAUUGCUCAGCAUUUCACCUGUAUAAUUAGCAUGUCAGAGCAUUGCCUCGCCUUUGGCCAAGCUCAUGGCUUUCGGUUCGGCAUCGAUAUGCUGCUUUAAUUUUGGUUUAUGAUGGAAUUUUAAUUUAUCAGAGACUUAUCUAGAAUUGUUGGGGUACUUUCUCACCAAUCUUUCAAAAAAAAAAAAAAUCAAUGAGAAAGCCUUCGGCGUAUCCGGGGCAUGUUAUCCA